UUUAGGAGUGUGUUGAAAACAAUGACAGAGUUUGUGAGAGAGUUUUGUGUUUUUGUUUGUGUGUGUGUAUGUGAACAUGCAUGCUUGCGUGCGUGAGUGUGCACUUGAAGGUGUGUGAGUGUCUGCUGGACGAAAUAGACCGCACCUCAUGCAGUGUCAUUUGUCCAACAUCUAAAGAACCAUGUUCACGUUUGAGACUAAAUAUAAUAAUCCAUUAAGGAUAUCUUUCUGUUGAUUUGACAGCAAGGUUGUAAGAGAGAUACAGAUUACAGAGAGGAAAAUCAAUAAAUGAUCAUUACAUAUGAUUAGUUAUUGGCUGAAAACCUGCAUAAUUGAUGUAGCACGCCUUGUACUGGGGAGAGGCUUAUGCUGAAAUGUAUACAUUUGAUAAAACAAACUGCACCAGAUUCGUCAGUCUGAAAGAGAAUAAGGCGAUCCUUCAGUGGAUUUCAUAUCCAUCCCUCUAGUGAAAUCCUUCAACCCCUCAAUCUCUCCUGGGACGUACAUGGGCUGAUGGGGAUUCCCAUAACAGCCUGUAGAUGGAUCGUCAGUGACUCCAGGUUUACGUGCCCAGCCUGGACUCAACAUUUCUCCUCCUAUCAUGGAUGAUAUAAUCACCCCCCUGGGGAAGCCCCCGCCCCCUUCAGUUUCUAGUCUUCCAGGACAUUGUCAGUCAUCUGUUCAUUGUGGUUCACGCUGAGCCAAUGGGAGGCUUGUUGGUAAGUAGAUAGUGUCAGGAUGCCCGGGGUUUGCAGGGAGCGCCUGGGGUUGAGUGAUGCACUCGUUGCGCUGAUGGCUGUUGAGUGGAGUGUAGUUGCUAGGACCACACAGAGGAGAUUGGAUGUAGCUGACGCCAAAGAAGCAUAGAUAAAUUGAAUGAAGGCCAUUACUGGCUGGCCCACGUCACACUGUAGAUGGAUAAGGAUUGGGCCACGGUGGCUUUUCUGAGUUGUGGUGAUGUAACCAGCUGCCACCAUGCUGACAUGAUCAAAUAUCUGUCUUAUCCACAUUGGGCCUGUGUUCCGUAACACACGAACACAGACUGAGCUGUUUCUCCCUCAAUGUCUGUCCGUCUCUCAUCCAUUCAAUUCCCUAAGACAAAUACUAAAAUAAUUUGGCCAUUUAAAUAUGAUUGAACAUUUAGUUACCAACAUUGGUAUUGUUUACUUGGAGCUGUUAAUACAGGUUGUCACUCCAACUAAUCCAUAGUAUUCCCAUUAGUCCAGGACUUCCCUCACGAGCUCAGCAACACAGGCUCCAGAGUUCCAGCUGUGUGCUGCAUGAUGUAAGUGUAACCCAGUCGACGGUCUGGAUCAUGUUAAAACAGACUCCAGAAUGACUGCUGUCUGUCCAAUGACGUCAGUGCAAGGCUACCGCAGGUGUAUCUGGACAGAGGGAGAGAGAGAAAUGAAAGAUAGGGCCAGAGAAAAUACAGAGAGCAAAAUAGAGGAACUGCACUGUACAGUCCGUUGAGUUUAUAAUUCUGAUCAACAUUGACACAUCUGCCCACAGUUACUGUUUGGAUUUUAGAUAAAAUGACAAACCAGUAUAUUACCUAAACAUACUUACUAAAAUAAUGAGUAUAUAAAACAAGAUUUAGACAUUACAAUUGUCAUAUGGUGUGACAUGAAUGUUAUUGUACAUAAAAUUAAAAUGGUGUAAACUUUUCUUAAGAAACUCACUUCAUCAUAAUUCUUCAUCAUGACUAUUUUGAUUUCCUUGUCAUUACAUCAUUACAUUUUGUAUUAUUUUUGUUAAUCAUCGUUGCAGACAUCUGUUCGUAGUCUUACAAUAUCUUUUAGAUUAAUUCCAACAAACCCUGUUAUAAAUCUUACCAAAUGCUUGUGUCUCUCUGUCUGAUACUAUUUUACAUGUGUUCCAUUGAGAUUUUUAAGAGUUAUCACUAACAAAACAUUGUGCCACAAAACACUGUGUAGCGCUUGGUUAUCGAACACAAGACUAGUGAAGAACCAAUGUUUUUAGUGAGAAACACUCUAAUAAAGAACAGUAUCACAAGUAAUUGGUUACAGUUAACCUUAAUCCUAAACUUAAUCACACUGGAAGCGUUAUUUAACCUUUUUGUUAUCUAACCUUCUCACUAAACUUAAUCCUAAUCUUAACCACACUGGCAUUGUCAAACAUUUACCCUUAAGCAUUACUUGUAGUUCAGCACUUUCACCUGUGUAUAGCCGCAUUAGGGAGUCGACGUCACCAACACAAACUCUCCAUAUAUAUCUUACAUACGUAAACCUGAACACGUUAUUGGCAGUCCAUACUAUUGCGUAUAGGUCCACAUUCAUAUUUAGGGGAAUGUUGUCUAAAAUAGUUAAAAGCAAAAAUAAGCCCUCUCAGGGCCCUUGGAAGAAAUUAGAAAAUGGGUUGCUGCGGGACCUCGGGGUGAAGUAAGAAAUAUGUUAACUUGCAAACUUGACAGUUGGCACUUCUGGCAAGUCAUGUUGAACAGAUGUCAGUGUGUCCCAUCAUGGUGAACUGUCUGCCUUAGGGGUAAACUACCCACCCAACCCACUCAAUGUCAAAGGGACCUUAUCAGAUGUAAUCAGAGGACAUUUCAAAACAAAAUACUUAAGGAUCUAGUUUCUCAUUACUUCUUCCUGGUUAAUGGAAUUUGUGUGCUACUGUUGCCUCAGAUAAUGACACUGACAAAAGUGUUCUGCCACUACACUUUUGUCAUGCAUAUUUUAUCUGAUCAACAUGGUGAAAUAUUUAGCAGAACUCUACUCUGGAUCACUGCAGAAGCUAUGAGAGGCUUGUCUGAUUGAAACUGAUGAAACAAAACUUUGUUGAUGGUUGUUUGCCCUUGAAUAGUUAAAUACAGUUCCCAAGGCCUCAUUCCAAUCAGUUGUUUUCAUGCUUUGGCACUGAAAGCAGCACUGACAUAUGCUGUUGUGAUGAUGUCGUAGACCAAGGCUACAUACGUAUGUGAUUGUAGUUUGAGGUUACACACCGAGUAAGAAAAUAAAAGGAAUAACGCAUAUAAACUGUCUUUAAUUGAAUUGAUAGUUAUAUUACCAGAAGAAAGCCUUCUCAUAAAGACAAGACAAAUACUCAUAGAACCCAUAUUGAACCAAAGGUAUGAUUAUGUUUAGCCAUCUCCAGGCACUGUUGUUUUUGUAUUGAUGAGGCCCUGGACUAAUGGGUUUCUAUUCAAGAUGUCGUUUUGGAGAUACUUGGAGAUACUUUUUUCUGUCGAACCAUCCAUCUCACAAUGUGGGGUUGUUUUUGCACAUCUUUAUUAAGCUCUUUAUUUAUUAAAAGUUCUGGAGGGCACAGUGAAUAAAUAAAUUAAUAAAUAUGGAUUGUAGUCAAAAGUGUCUCUGGAUUCAGCCAGUCAUUUUUGUCUUUAAGGAAACAAGGUAAAACAAAAACAUCUACAGGAUUUACCACAAGCACAGAUGGACUAAAACCUAGUCCAUAUAAAAACAGAUGAGCUUUCCAAGAUGAAGUGUGAAGUUGAGGUGACCCCUGAACCCAGCAGCCCCACGCUGCUCGGAGAGGCAGCAGACACCUACUGCCAGGUGGACCGCUGGCAAAAACUACGGACUGCCGUCCGCAAAUUGGAAUUCUGGGAAGACUUCAGUGCAGAACUUAUUGGGAGUGGCUUCUUCUCCAAGGUGUACAAGGUGUCGCACAGUACAACAAAGAAAGUGAUGGUGGUAAAGAUCUAUAAGAAGGACGUCGACCAGGACAGCAUUGUACGAGAGAUUAGUCUACUGCAGAAGCUCUCACACCCUAACAUUGUCAGGUACCUUGGAAUCUGUGUGCGAGAAGAGAAGCUUUACCCAAUACUGGAGUAUGUGAGCGGGGGCUGUCUGGAAGACCUCUUGGCCCAGGAGAACAUUCCUCUUUGUUGGAGGGAGAAGGUGGACCUGGCCUGUGACAUCAGCAGAGGCAUGACAUACCUGCACUACAAGAAUAUCUAUCACAGAGACCUCAACUCCAAGAAUUGUCUGAUCCGGGAGACGUCCCGGGGCAGGGAAGCGGUGGUGACAGACUUUGGUCUGGCCAGGGAGGUGAUGGUGGAGCUGCCGGCCAACCACCCUGAGAGGAAGAUGUCUCUGGUGGGUUCUGCUUUCUGGAUGGCCCCUGAGAUGCUUCGAGGGGAACCCUAUGACCGCAAGGUGGAUGUCUUCUCCUUUGGUAUAAUGCUGUGUGAGAUUCUGGGCCGGAUUCCUGCAGAUCCUGAGAUCCUCCCCAGAACACGGGACUAUGGCCUAGAUGUGAAGGCCUUUGGUGAGAUGGUGCAGGGCUGUCCACAACGCAUCCUUGAGCUGUCCGCCAGCUGCUGUCUGAUGGAUGCAUUUCGGAGACCCUCCUUCUCAGAGCUGUUGGAUGAGUUAGAGGAGAUUGCUGAAGGUCUGGUACCCCCGGACUCGUCGUUGACUACGGGGUGAGGGGGUGGGGUCACCGUCUACUUCCUUAGCCUAAGAGGACAAGGUGGCCUGCAGCAGAUAGCCACUUCGGAGUCUUAUACAGGAGAAGCAGACACCACACACUUCAGGCUUGCUCUACAGCAACCACAUGUAGGGCUAAAACUGCAGCACUCUGAAAUACAAAUGGAUGACUGGAAGUUCAACUGUCUUUCUACAGUACAGACUCAGCUAGUCUGGGUCCAAUACAAAGGGGGGGGGGGGGGGGGGG